AUCACACCACAAGGGAAGACGGGACUACGGUCGCCUGUUCGAUGUCUCACCUUAGUCAGAGUGCUAGGAACCGUGUUCAGGAAUAGUCACAUUCUACGUUGUCUCCAGUAUUUUUUCCUGUGAGGAAUAAAAAUCUGGCUCGCUUGUCGUCUGUUGUGUGUAUUCUCCAGUGGGUUGUUCAGGUGUUUUGCAGUUGACGGAAAAAGUCACGUAUCCAGUAGACAGUCGCAGCAGCGCAGUGAAAAGUCAAGGGAAUAAGCAGCGUGUGCGAUCGCCUUGGGCUGACCAGUUGGUCUUGAUGCAAUAUUGGCAGAAUUAGAUAUCUGGUGAACGUGUGUGCAAGAGCUGUUCUCUCUGAUACGGAGGGGCAUCCGUUGUGUAGUUCGUGAGCUUGAAGUCUCGUGAUUAUUCGUAGUAUUUUCCCCCCAAGUUGGUUGGGAAGUUCGCUCCUCGUGGAUGAAUAAGGCCUAGUUUUAUGAAACGUAAAAUUGUGGCUUAGUUGUUGGGUAAUUUAUUGAUUGAAGAAAAGGCAAAUAAGAGCAGAGUGUGCUUCUAAGGCCAUCCAGCCGAGGUGUGGAGACGAGGUUGUUUCAAAGAAUUAAGCAACAACUCGAAAAGUGAGGUGAUUCUUUUGGUUUCUCUCCGAAAUUGAAGAAGUUCGGUGUGUACGAGCUAGUGUUGGCCAUAUCCAAUACAGAGCAGACGUGUGGAUACGCUUCGUGUGUUGAAAAGGUUUUAUCCGAAGCAAAGGUUGUGUAAUUUUUUUCCGAUACCAGCGACCGAAAAGUGCAACGCUUUUGACAACAUCCCACAUUGGUUGUUUAGCACCGUUAUUUCUCGUUGACGAGAACAGUAAACAAAUCAAAGAUGCCCCAAUCGGACGGGGGUUAUGUGUCACUUACCGGUGGCCCCCAGUCGGUUUACAACUCGACGACGGAACCGCAGUCCGCGUCCAAAUCGGUCAUGGAAACGGUGAAGCGGGUCAUCGGUACGGCCAUCGGGGCCCAGGACAAGCAUGCUCUGAUCGAACGGGACGGGGCCCAGCCGUACAUCAUCAGUACCAGGGACCGUGACAAGACCGGAAAAGCGGUCAACAACAGAAUGCCAUCCGCUCCAGCCCACACUGCCGAGGAAGCCCGCCUGUUGGGAGCCAUGCCCGUGGACCCAAUGGACGACAUCGAGCUUCGCUCCGUUCAGCUGCAGUACCCGAAUCAGCGCGGUUCGAUCGUAGGCCAGUGCGACCUGCGGCGAGUGCCGACGGACAAAGGCGACAUUCUGGUCGCAGUUCAGGGUGAUACAACGAAACCAGGCAUCGUUACCUACCACGAUCUGGGACUGAACUAUGCAUCGAGUUUUGCUGGAUUUUUCAACUUCCCAUCGAUGCGUGCCCUGCUGGACAACUUUUGUGUCUACCAUGUGAACGCUCCCGGACAAGAAGAAGGGGCGCCCACCUUCCCGGAAGACUACGUGUACCCAACAUUUGACGAGCUCGCCUCUCAGCUGCUGUUUGUGAUGUCACACUUCAAUCUGAAGACGAUGAUCGGAUUUGGCGUUGGUGCCGGUGCCAAUAUUUUGGCUCGGUUUGCUCUGGCACACCCGGAUAAGGUCGGUGCCCUCUGCCUAAUCAACUGUAGUUCGACGGCAGCGGGUUGGAUCGAGUGGGGCUACCAGUUGCUCAACUCCCGCAAUCUCCGCACCAAGGGCAUGACGCAAAGCGUGAUGGACUAUCUGAUGUGGCACCACUUUGGCCGGAAUCCAGAGGAGCGCAAUCUGGAUUUGGUGCAGCUGUACAAAUCCAACUUUGAACGGUCGAUAAAUCCCGUCAACCUGGCCAUGUUCAUCGAUUCGUACAUCAAGCGUACCGAUCUCAACAUUGCCCGAACACCGUCGGGUACACCACAGACAGCUGCAUCACUGAAAAUGCCAGUACUGAACAUUACCGGGGCACUUUCGCCACACAUCGACGACACGGUAACAUUCAACGGCAGACUAGCGCCGGAGAAGACCAACUGGAUGAAGAUCUCCGACUGCGGUCUCGUACUGGAGGAGCAACCAGGAAAAUUGGCGGAAGCGUUCCGAUUGUUCCUGCAGGGUGAAGGCUACGCACCAACAUUUUCACCGCAUGCAAUAAACCAUACUACAACAACUAACUACAACAUCAAAAACAACAACAACGACAACAACAAUGAAGAGUUCGACAAGCUGAAUGGGAACAACAACAACAACGGCAGUAACAAUAGUGGAGGAGGUGGCGGUGGUGCGUCGUCGGCUGGCGAGAACAACAAUGUGCCCGUGAGUGCGACGACCGGUGCCGCGAUCCGGAUAACCGAGAACCCGCUGCCGGAGAAUGUGGCAUGCUAGAGACGAUACAUAUCGGGCCCGGCAGGGGGUGGUGGCGCCGGCGGUGGCUGUCCAACCCGGAAAAUAAUGUCCGGUUUUGGGGCGGGCCGGUCGUCGUUGCUGCUGGCGGGCAAACGUAGCCACGGUGCAGGUGGCGGUGGUGACGAAGAGUACGACGAAGUGUGGACAAAUCGUCGCUAUAGGGUAGAAAAAGUACUGUUGAAUGCUAUAUUUUCUAUACAGAUUUAGGUGGACGGGACUAGAUCCAACAGGUUAGAUGCUUAAUAAAUUAACACUCAUUGCUGCUGAAUGACAAAAAUCACAUGGUGUUGAUGAGUUUGAAUAGGAAGAGGAAGGGAUUGCUGAUAGUAUCUACGACAAACACUACAAAGCAGGUUAUAUAUUGGCCUAAGGUCAUACAACAUACGUACAUACUACAUUUACCGAAUUCUUAUUUAAUGAUCUCAAAUUUGUAUUACAGAUAUUUACAAAAUUUGUAAAUUUGGCAAGACCAAAUUUUUCAGACCAAUUGAAUUCGUUCUGAACAGUACUGUGCGUGAAAGUUUUUGCCAGUCGCCACUAGAUUGAGUGCGCGUUGCUGCUCGAACUAUAUGCUGUAGUACUGAAUCCUGUUCAAACUCAUUUCAUCGUAAUAGAGUUGCUUGAAUUUUUCAGAUACUUAUCACGAUUACGGUAAUCGCAUUUGUUAAUCUUAUACAUAAUCACACAAUGGCAGUUUUGUUGAUCACAAUUGAUAUACCAGCAGCAAUAAAUAAAAACCGAUUGUACUAUAUUAUAGAGAAUAAAAUCAAAUCAAAUAAGCUAAUCGCCCCAAAGCAAAUGGAACCAAAGAUGCGGGAGGAAUUGAAAAAAAAACUGGAGAAAUGUGAACAGAUGGUAACGAAAAGAUUGUUAGCUUUGACUGAUUGUUUACAAUAUCAUAAUUUAUAAAUUGGCGAAAACGCUAAAAAAGAAUUCGAUAAAAGAUCGUUGAAAACUAAUGUUUCUGUGAAGCAAGAUGCAUAUCUUUACCCUAAAUGAUAAAAAAAAUCAAUGGAAAUCAAUACAUUCAACAACACUUUACAAAUAAGUUACCAUCGUCGAACAAGUAAGGAAAAUUGCCGAUAUCACAAUGCAAAUCGCUUGUAUCAGGAACACCAUUACCCUCUCCACUAUAAAGUAAAACAAUGUGUUGAUUGUGAAGAAGUCAAGCCACCACAAAAUACACUCUUUCCUAACACCGCCACACAAAUACAGCUCAUUGAGUAAACUUUGGCACCUGUUGUUUUGAAUACACAACAUCACACAUUACAAACACCAGACGGCGCCUAGCUAUCCCAAAUAUACAUAUUUAUUAACCCCAGAGUUAGUGAACAGAAAACGGAAAUCGUUCAAUUAUCCAACAAUAAGAGCCCAUACAGUAAUUUACGAUUACCUUAAGCAUUCAUUUUUGUGUCUGAUCAAACUGCCAUACACCGUUGAACGAAAUAAUAAAAUAAAAAUAUGUAAUUAGUACUCGAGUAAUUACCUGUUUGAAAUCCCCCGCUUGAUUUAGUUGUAAGUUAGAUCCGUUAUUUAGAGCCCUCCUGGAAACACAAUAAAAAAAAUCAAAUAAAUGCGCCUGACAAGGUUUCUGCUGGAAGACAAGGUGAUUUGCAUUGAGCACAAAAUGGAAACUGACGACAUGACACAAUUUCACACACAUACACAUGAAUGGAGUGACAGGAAGAAAGUAUGACAAAGCCGAAAAGAAAU